GAUUUUUUUUUCCCUGGUCCAAAAUGGAAGUCGAUUACAAAAACAGUUUGGUUACCAACAUUCUUUAGAGCAUCAUCUUUUGUGUUCUACAGAAGAAAGAAAAUCAUACCGAUUUGGAAUGACAUGAGGGUAAGUAUAAAUGAAGUUUUCAUUUCUGUGUGAUUUAUCCUUUUAAAGUCACUGAAGCUUGACUAAAAUGUGUUUUGAAAUGUGCAAUGUUAUCUUAAGGUGCAGAAACUGACAAGUUUAUUCUACAGGAGUUAUAGGAUCAAACCAUCAAAUUAUUUAUUUAUACCUGGUACAUUGAUCAAAUCAGUGCAUGAACCUCAUUUGCAUGUUUAUCAACGGAAAUUGGUGAAAACGUAGUUUGUUGCAUUUUUCCCCCCAUAUAUAACCGGAUAGCUUAACUUGAAGGAUGGACUGAAUGGAAAAGCACUGAGAUCCUUUCGGCGUAACUGUCAGAGUGCCAUGCUACACUGAGACUCACAAAUGCUUAGGUUUGAGCAGUGAACGGUGUAUGUGAGGUAUAAUGAACCAACAUCUCUGUUUUUCCGUCCACUAGAACCGAGAACGGCUCUACUUACAAUUCCAUGCAGCCUGAAAUUGCCUUACAUCCAGCUGAGCUGCCGGCAUGUCUCGUGUCUCCUCUACAGCGAAGCGCUAUACAGGCUCUUCUUAUACCAGUAACUACAGCUCAUAUGGCUCCUCCCUGACUCCAUCGCUGGGCUCCUAUGAUCGGGAAAAGCUGCCCUAUAAGAGCUCCUCCUCAGGCUACUCCUCCUCAAGCUACCUGAGCUCAAGCGCCAGCCGCUCCCGCAACUACAGCUCUUCGUUCGAGCCGGACCGGGGUCGGCCUAUCCCUCGCACUGAUUUGCUGGGUGGCCGGCGCAGCGAGAGCCUGAGCCGCACACCGGCAAAGGGCUAUGGCUCGGGCCUCAAUGGAGGCUCGGCAUACAGCAGCUACAGCUACUCUCCGGCCCCUACCAGCUACCUCUCCACCUCACCCGUUUCCUCCAGCAUUUCUCUCAGUCGCAGGAAGUCGGUGAGUCAGAGCGAUUUGACGCACGAUUUAUCAGCUCUGGGCCUGAGCGAGACAUCCAGUGGCAGUGGCCUGAAGCAGUCCUACCAGAGCCGAGGCACUGAUGUAUCUGACACCUAUGGCCAGCUACGCUCCAGCUACGGCCUCUCACGGAGCUCCACACAGGACAGUCUUGGCAGCAGCGGCCUGAAGAGCAGCAGCAGCCGAUUCUCCUCCAGCUGUCGCUCCACCUCACCAGUCAGAGAGUCUUUGAACUCAAAGAGUGCCCAGGGCCUGGUGGGUCUUCGUAAUCUGGGAAAUACAUGUUUUAUGAACUCCAUCCUCCAGUGUCUUAGCAACACACAGAGCCUGCGAGACUACUGUCUUCACAACUCCCACCGCCGAGACCUCAACAACAACAACCACACAAACACUGCUCUCAUGGAAGAGUUUGCCAAGCUUAUCCAGACAAUGUGGACUUCUUCAAGCAGUGAAGCUGUCAGCCCCUCUGAGUUCAAAACACAGAUUCAGAGAUUCGCCCCCAGAUUUGUGGGCUACAAUCAACAGGAUGCUCAGGAGUUUCUACGUUUCCUGCUAGACGGCCUGCACAACGAAGUGAACAGGGUCACAGUCCGGCCUCGGGGAAACAUGGAAGACUUUGAUCACUUGCCUGAUGAGGAAAAAGGGAAAAAGAUGUGGGCUAAGUACUUAGAGAGAGAAGACAGCAAAAUCGUAGAUCUGUUUGUAGGCCAGCUGAAGAGCUCUUUGACCUGCAGUGAAUGUGGCUAUUGUUCCACUGUGUUCGAUCCCUUCUGGGAUCUUUCCUUACCUAUCGCCAAGAAGGGCUAUGGAGAGGUGAGCCUAAUGGACUGCAUGCGACUGUUUACUAAAGAAGAUGUGCUGGAUGGGGACGAGAAGCCGACAUGUUACAGGUGCAAAGCCAGAAGACGAUGUACAAAGAAAUUUACAGUUCAGAAGUUUCCUAAAAUACUAGUUCUUCAUCUGAAGCGCUUCUCGGAAGCCCGCAUCAGAACCAGCAAACUGUCCACUUUUGUCAACUUCCCAAUGAAAGACCUGGACCUCAGGGAGUUCGCCUCUGACAGAAGCAGUAGUGCAGUAUAUAACUUGUAUGCAGUGUCCAAUCACUCAGGCACAACUAUGGGAGGCCACUACACAGCGUACUGUUGCAAUCCUGAAAAUGGGGAAUGGUACACGUAUAACGACUCUAGAGUCACGCCAAUGUCCGCCAGCCAAGUUCGCAGUAGUGACGCCUAUGUGUUGUUCUACGAGCGGGCGGGACUCUGAAGACGGACUGUGGACAGAGAUAAAGUGCAGGACUCGAAGCCUUUGGGCUGAAGACACAUUACACACUAUGCUGCUUCCUCUGAGCCGUAAUGCAGGAUGAACAUCGCUCUCUGCUGGCCACCGGGAGAAGCGCACACAAUGCCCUCUCACACUCCACUGUGUUAAAGAGGUCCUCGGAGAUGGUCCUCACUGCAGAACACAAGAUCCAGGGGGCGUGGUUGGAUCAUCCCAAUGCGCCUUCCUCUUGAUCAAGAACGCCUCAAUAUUAAAAACUUUUUC